AGCUUGGCGCGCUAAUGCUACCACCGCCUCCAGAGAGUGAGCAGAACCAGGAGGAAAAGCAGCAGCAGCAGUAGCGUCAGCAGUGGCAGCAGAGUAGCAGCCGCGCGCGAGUUGCUUUGAAACCGCGUACGAAAGUAAGAGAAGCUUGUUGUUAGUCAGCCUCUGACAGCGGUUGUCGGAACAUAGAAAACUCGGCCACGAACCCGUCGCGGAAAGUAUAGUUUUCUUCUGGCAUUCGUUCUCGUUCGUUCUCAUUCGUAUAAGCCCCGAGUCGACGGAUCAAUCGUUUCGAGUUUCCACCGAGAGUUUCACACACAGGCACGCGCCCUUCAGUUCCGUGUUUUACAACAGUGCAUAUAUAUAUAUAUAUAUACAUGUAUGUAUAUAUACAGAAGCGUGUACUCCGAGUAGUGUCCGUGUGUCGGUUCAUUUAACUACGUCGACGUCGACGGAAAACGCGAGAUAUUACAACGCGCGCGCGCGCGUUAACUAGGAGGUAUUAGUGGUACACGAGCUCGUGCACCGACGGACUUUGUCCACCCUUGAUCGAUGGUUCGAUGAAGCUGCAGUGUGUCUGACUGGACCGGAACCAAGGUUUUCCGAACAAUAUUCAUCGUCCCGGUGUUGUCUCCGCUCCGAUUCGUACCGAAUCCAUGUGACUUUGACUCCAACGCAAGUGCAGUUCUUCAAGCCUCCGGGUAACGGGGUGUUCGCGAUACAAAGGGCAAGAUCGUUUCGUUACCAGUGUUAGACGGUUCGAAAGUAAGAAAAUAACGAGGGCGUCGAAGGUCGGCAGUGUUUUCCAUCCGUGGACUACCAAGACCCGUCAAUAAGGAACAUUGCGCCGAGUCGUUGAGGACUUUGACGAGAGAUUCCGCAGAUUAUCUCCGUUCGGCGGUGUAUCCUGGUGACUUCGUGCAGCGCAGAGUGGCGCCAAUAAGACCGGCGCUAGUGUGUUCGGAUGUCCGAUUGUCAGGUCGAGUCGAGCGGGCGCUCGACUGUUAACCGUCGUCACUCGUCCCUUGGGUGUCAGGGUCAACGGGGCCGCGUCCUGACAUUCGCCGUGGUUGCGGUAGAAGAGGCCGCGCUGUAGAUGUAAGAAGGUCGACGAACGACCGUUUUCGAUUGCAGUGAAAGAAAGAGAAAACGCAAGAGGGAAACACGCGAAAAGAGAACAAUUCUGAGGAGCGAAGGAAGUGAGGGAAGUAAAGUGAUUGCAUAACAAGGAGGACAGAAAGACGAUCGGAUGGUAAUAGUGGUGAUAUUAAUCAUGUCGGGUCUUUUGUACACGCUUCUUGGUCUGGCGGCCAGUUCGACGUUGCACUGUGCGGUUCGCCGAGAGAUCAGCCCGUGCACGUGUCGUCGACAGGAAUUCGGGACCAUGGCGGUGUUACAUGGAAACGGAAAUGGAAACCCAACGACAACGGAACUGAUACAUGUCGAAUGCGAGCAGAUGCAGUCGUUCAAUCAAGUCGCCGAAGCGCUCCGCGGUAGAUUCGUACCCGAGCAGCAAAUCACUCUGAAAGUCACCUAUUCGCAUCUUCACGACAUCUCAAGGCAUGACUUUAAGGAGCUGCGGAUGACAAUUACCAACCUUCAACUCAACUACAACAAUCUCGGAUUUUUGGACGGAGAUGCCUUUGCCGGCCUUGGGAGAACGAUGUAUUUCAGUCUUGCCGACAACGAGGUUCCCGCAAUUCCAAAGCACGUGUUGUUGCAUUUGCCUUUGCUUCGGACCUUCGACAUGGGAAGGAACAGAAUCAUGCGCGUAGAAGCGGACGACUUCAAGUAUAAUCCUGACCUCCACCACCUCGUGCUUGUGGACAAUCUUUUGACGGAACUCGAUCCCGGUUCGUUGCCACCUCUUCUGAAGCAUCUUCACCUGGGAAGAAAUAACUUGGGUUCCCUCAAUCGUACGCUGAGGGAAUUGAAUCAGCUCGAAUGGCUGCUGUUGAACGAAAAUGUGCUAACGUCUUUGGACGGCGAACUGCCGACAGUGGGACGUAAUCUGAAACUGUUGCAUCUCGCCAACAACAAGCUGACCCAUCUACCGCCCGAACUCCGAUUCUUCCACCGUCUGGAUCACCUUUUUCUAAAUAAUAAUAAAAUUCAAAGUCUCGAUGGAAGGCUGCAAAAUGCACGCCGCUUGGAAAAACUCGACAUUUCCUGCAACGAAAUACAAGAGCUUGCAGAAGAUGAGUUCACGGAAGCCGAGAGUCUGGAAGAAUUGCAAUUGGGUUACAAUUCUAUCAAGUCCCUCGGACGUGGGAUUGGGAACGAGAACGGUAACAGCGCCCUGCUUCCGCUUCGUUCCUUGAGGAUCCUUAAUUUGACUCACAACGAAUUGCGCGAGUUCUCGUUCUCGGAUUUACGCGGUUUGCGCAAGCUGUUCUUUGUCGAUCUCUCCCACAACAGGAUCACCUAUCUGAUGAAGGGUUGGACUCCGACCGAGAACCUGGUCGAAAUGGAGGGCGAAGAGAUUGCCGGGUCGAGUGUGUUCGAAUUUCGACUACAGCACAACAAGCUGAACACCCUCGAGGGCUCGUUGUUCAUGGGAAUGCGCUCACUGCAGAGAUUAAAUCUGAGCCAUAACGCCUUGGGACCGAGCCUCGGACCUCGCGAUCUUAAGGGUCUGAACGCUCUUCGCGUCUUGGACAUAUCUCACAACGCGCUGACGACCCUCGAAGACACAAGCGAGAAUUGGCUUCCGUCCCUGGAGGAGCUGAACGCGUCUCACAACCGUUUGGUCGUACUUUCGGAGCACGAUUUCCGCGGGCUUCCGGUUCUCUGCUGGGCCGAUUUGAGCGCUAAUUGGAUACGAUCAAUCGCCGCAGAGCUCGUUUCAAACACGAGAUGUACGGUACACGGCGUACCUGACGUACUUCGUAUAUAUCUUCAAGAUAACCCGGUGCUGUGCGACCCCGGCAUAGCAAACAUCACCAUUGCUUUUGAGGUGAAUCACGCCAAGCCUUACGGGGUGGCAAACGAUUGUCCGACAACCCCGGCAACGCCAAGUGCGCCAACAUCCCCCUUACCUCCACUUCCGCCGACUUUGUUUUUGACCGCCGCUGGCGGUAAUGUAUCCUUUGCCGCGACGCUUGAGUAAUUAGUCGACAUAUUAUGCAAAUUCAUAUUACGAAGACCUGCGUACUACCUAGUCGAGACCUCACAGUAAUGGCCGAUGGAGGGCCAAUUCCGAUAUAAUCACCGCCACACUUCCCGCAGUCUUUAAAAAAGAAGAGGAAAUGAACGUUUGAAAAAAAAAAACAAAAAAAAAAAACAAAACAUAAUAAUAAAUGACCACGAAUCGCCUAUGUAAGGUUUUGAUACGUAUAACGCAUAUUUAUGUCUCGCGUUUACGACUAAUCAUCUGCAACCAAUGAUAAAUUUUAAUCGAUUUUUCUGUAAAUUUAUCGCAUGUGUUUUACAGGCGGUAUGUCUGUCCGCAACAAGUUGGCAAGGGACUCGACUACGCGCGAGAUGCUGCGCUGUAUUGUUUGAAUAACGAUAAAUUCGAAAUCGGAAAAAAAAAAAAAAAUAAAAAAAAAAUAAAAAAAAAAACAAGGAAAAGAAAUACGACUAACAUGACUACCGCGUUGGAUCAACAGUACGAUAUAAAUGUUUCAAGCAGGAGUUGCACAUUUGGUAGUUAAUUAAGAACGCGAUGAAUAAUAUUAAGGGUACAUACGUAUGCAUAUGCGAUAAGAUUCGUUAUGAGCUAUUCAGAUUUCUCGAAUGCAGAAUCACGAGAAAAGAGUUGUAAUUAUGUAAUUCUGUCAAUCUAUACCCAGGACUCGAUACGCUGAGAUCAUCGGAAUAAUGUAACUGCCUGCCACUAACGAACAGCACAAAUACGAAAGGUCUUGUAUGCAAUAAAUUAAGUUCCAUGAUCCGAAUGGUCGCGUCGACCAAUCCUAAUUAAGCGUACCUUCAUACUCUUUCAACAUUGCCGUCGAAUUUCAUUGCUACACUGCACUUGUUCCAUCCCAAAAAGAUUACAAUGUUUCAUUCGGAGAAACAGUGAGAUCAGGACGCCGUCAAACUCCGGUGGAAAAAAUACCUGCUUCAUUGCUUAUACUUUUUGAUUAGUCAUAUUCUUUGAUGAUGACUCGAUCGAGUGGCGCGUAAAAUAAUUUCCUUCGAAUUCUGCGAAUCGCGCUAUAGGUAUUAUAUUAAUUUACACGAUAUUCAACGUAAAUCGUGACGUGCUGUACGAAAGUUUAUCCGUGCGUACGAAACGCCAAGUAAAUUCAGCCUCCGGUAAUGGUGUUGAACUUACAAUCUACCUCUGUCCAUCUCACUGCUUCACGUUAGUUUACAUCGAUUAUUAGAUCGUGCAACAAGCUCAGCGUUUUGUGUUAAAUUCAACGAUUACUUAACUUGUAUUUUAGCAGUAUUUUUAAUAUAUUAAUGAUACGAUUUGUUAUUAGAGUUGGAUAUGAAUAAUGCAUCAAUACUUCACCCGAUAUCGCGAUUCGAAUAAGUUUUUCAGGCAAUAAACCUGGAGGGGAUAUUUGAAUUGUUGCAGAUACAAUUUUUGUAAAUUAAAAAUUUCUCGUUCUCUAUUCAUCCCCUUUUAUUCCAAUUGUUAGUUUGGUCGAGGCAAGGAAACAAUUUUUGAUAACAGGCUUGUUAAUCUACGGUUGUAAAACGUAAGAAAUUUGAAUAUUAAAGUUGGAUGUAUAUUUUUUGCAAAUAUUCGAUAUAUAUUUUUUGAAUGGAAGUUUACUCGAAACCUUCACAUAUACGUAGUAAUACCUGCGUGAUACAUUAUCAAUAGCAUUGUGACUGUCGAUAUUACAGGGCUUUGAAUUAUUUAACGUAAAGUAAUCUUCGGAUAAAGAGAAAGAGAAAAAAAAUACCAUUUCAAAUAAGGAUUGCUGCACCUUUGUGUUGCCAAACGUAGCAUAAAUUUUAUGACUCACAAAGCCAAUAAUACGAACAAGGUAACACAUGGCAAACUAUUUGACUGUUGCCUCGUUAUUUCUCUCAAUUCACGUAUAAAUUAAAAAUCAGGAUAAGCGCAAAUUCCACCAAGCAAGCCGUAAAACGUCGACUAUAACAAUACUCAAGCUCAGGAAUUGACGGACGAAAAAUUUGUAAGAGGAAUAAUGACCUAGAAGAGGGGAUCUGAGAUACCGAGGUGGAAAAAUAUACAUAAGGAAUAGAACUGGAAGAAAAAAACAAAUCGCACAUAUUGCAAUGUUAUCCACAUUAAGUAUGGAGAGACUAGAUUUAACUGUUGUUUAGAUAAAUACUUUUAUAGCCACUGUAAAUAGUUCUUCCUCUAACACAACCGAAUACUUGGAUGCAGAGAUUGAAUGCACUGACGUGCGUUCAAACUAACGAUCUUCUAAUAUAUAUACACAUGAUAUAUAUAUAUAUGUAUGUGUGUGUGUGUGUGUGUGUGUAUAUAUAUAUAUAUAUAUAAACACACAUUAUACAUACACUAUCAUCGUCAAAGUGCAUAAUCCAGUCAAUUUGCAGAGACAAAGUGAAUCAGAACAACGUAGUAGUAGGUGCUCAACGAAUCGUAAUUAAAAAAAAAACCAACCUACAGAAUGUAUUUGGAAAUUACACAAGUGUUUUCCCGGAGGUUUUUAUUCCUACGGAUGCUACGUUCUAGUAUUAUCUAGACACACUAACCCCAAUAAUGUUUAGAGAAAAACUUAUUUGUAUAGUAUAAAUUAUUUCAUACAUUAAGUAUAAUUUGUAUUAUUUUUCUUAAAAUGACUGGAUUUGGCGCUUCUUAAUAUCAAAUUGUAGAAUAGAAGUAAGACAGAAAUUAAAAUUGAAA